AUGGGAGGUGAGGAGGGUGAGGGUGAUAGUGAGGAUGAUGAAGCUAUAAUGGACUUUGAUGUUGUGAAGAAUUUCGCAAAGCCAGUAGUGAGGAAGAAGAAAAUAGAGAUGGAGUUUAGCAAGAUAGAGAUGGAUGUUGAUGAGGAUAGGACUAGUACUGUUAGGGAAACUAACAAAACUAGUGUCAGGAAGAAUAGCGCGAAUAAACCGCAGCGCCCGUUAAAGCCUGACCUGAAGAAUGAACUGGUUUCAGUGCUGGACAGCAAUGACAUGGAAAUCGAUGUUAUCCGGGAGCCUCCUGCUGAUGAUCUUGGAGAAGAGCGAGUGCCAGUUUCGCUUGAGAGUGAGAUUGAUGCGGAGAAUCGUGCUAGGUUGCAAGAGAUGUCAACCGAGGAGAUUGCACAGGCACAGGAUGAGAUAAUGGGGAGAUUGGACCCUGCAUUACUUCAAGUACUCAAAAGGAGGGGUGAGGAGAAACUGAAGAAGCAAAGGGCUUCCGGCUCAGAUAACAAGGACCAGAAAGCUUCCCCUAGUUCUCACACUGCCAUGCCUUGUGUGGCUGCUACAAAUAUCUCAAACCAUACAUGGACUGAUGGUUUGGUGCCGAUUUCAGGCCAAGCCAAGGGCAAGUUGUGGAAUGCUUGGAGUGAGAGAGUCGAGGCCGUUAGGGGAUUGAGGUUUUCCUCAGUUGGGACUGUUGUUGGACAUUCUUUGCAGCAGAUACCCCAAGUUAGUCUUGCAGAGCGUGACUACUUGCGUACUGAGGGAGAUCCUGGUGCUGCUGGUUAUACAAUUAAAGAAGCAGUAUCGCUCACUAGGAGUUUGCUUGCAGGACAACGGGACAUAGCACUGGUUCUUCUUUCGAAUGUGCUCAAUAAGGCAUUACAAAAUUUUCAUCAUAAUACCAGACAAGAUGCUAAUAAGGUUGACAGAUCUGUCGACUGGGAGGCUAUCUGGGCCUAUGCACUCGGCCCAGAACCUGAACUUGUUUUAGCUCUUAGGAUGUGCCUCAAUGAUCACCAUAAUUCCGUGGUUCUACAGUGUGCCAGAGUUAUUUACUACGUAUUAAGCUGUGAUGUGAAUGAGACCUUCUUUGAUGUCUCAGAGAAAUUAGCAACUCUUCAUAAGGAUGCUUUUACUGCCCCUGUAUUUCGUAGCAAACCGGAUAUUGAUGUUGGUUUCCUUCAUGGUGGGUUCUGGAAGUACAAUGCUAAGCCUUCUAAUGUUCUUUCUAUUGAUGAGGAUAUUAUGGAUGAUGAGACUGAAGGGAAGCGUACAAUUCAGGACGACAUUGUUGUUGCUGGACAAGAUUUUGCUGCAGGUUUGGUGCGGAUGGGAAUCCUCCCAGCGCUUUGCUAUCUUUUGGAGACAAACCCUACAGCAGCUUUGGAAGAAUAUAUACUUUCUAUACUUAUUGCUAUAGCAAGGCAUUCCCCAAAAUGUGCGAAUGCAAUUAUGAUUUGUGAAAGGCUUCUCCAAACAGUGGUCAGCAGAUUCAUUGCAAAAGACAAUAUAGAAAUUCAGCCUUCUAAAAUUAAAUCGGUUAGACUUUUAAAGGUGUUGGCACAAUCUGAUCGCAAGAGGUGUUUUGAUUUUAUAAAGAAAGGGAGCUUCCAAACUCUGACUUGGCAUUUGUAUCAACCUACAUCCUUCCUUGACAACUGGGUAAAAUCUGGAAAGGAAAAGUGUAGACUUUCAUCAGCUCUGAUGGUUGAACAACUGCGGUUUUGGAAGGUUUGCAUUCAGCAUGGAUAUUGUGUGUCAUACUUCUCAGAAAUAUUUCCUUGCUUGUGCCUGUGGCUGAAUCCACCUAUGCUUGAAAAACUUAUAGAGAAUGGUGUUCUUAGUGAAUUUGCUUCUAUUUCUAAAGAGGCUUACCUUGUAUUGGAGGCUUUGGCUAGAAGACUUCCAAAUUUGUUCACACAGAAGCAUCACAGGAAUCAAAUGUCAGAGGAUUCUGGUGAUGAUACUGAUUUCUGGUCUUGGAGCCAUGUUGGUCCAAUGGUUGAUAUAGCUCUGAAGUGGAUAGUAUGGAAGAAUGAUCCCAGUGUAUGGGCUUUGUUUGACAGGGAAGAAGGGAAGUCUGGUCAUCUUGUUUCCCAAGAUCUAUCGGUGACUUCCUUGUUGUGGGUCUUUUCAGCUGUCAUGCAUAUGCUCUCCAGAGUACUUGAAAGAGUCAUCCCAGAUGACACUGUCCACUUGCAUGAAAGUUGUAGUCUUGUGCCAUGGCUUCCAGAGUUUGUUCCUAAAGUUGGCCUUGAAAUUAUUAAAAAUGGAUUCGUUGGAACAGAUUCUAAUGCAGGUUGCUCCUUCAUUGAGAAACUGUGUGAUUUGAGACAGCAAGGUGGUUAUGAAACAUCAUUGGCUACUGUAUGUUGCUUACAUGGGUUACUGGGGAUUAUCAUAAACAUUGAUAAGUUGAUAACUUUAGCCCGGGCAGGUGCAAAAACGCUUCCCCAAAAUAAUAUGUCAUCAAGAGAAGAGAAAUUACUCAAGGACGGUAUACUUAAGGGGUCGUUGGUUGAAUUGAAAAGUGCAAAAAACAUUUUUAUGAAAUUAGUUGCUUCAGAGUGGCACCUUGUGCAAUCCAUAGAAAUAUUUGGUAGGGGAGGUCCUGCUCCUGGGGUGGGAGUUGGCUGGGGUGCCUCUGGUGGAGGAUAUUGGUCUGGUACUGUUUUGUUAGCCCAGGCAGAUGCGAGGUUUCUAACUGACCUGAUUGAAACUUUGAAAAUUGUCCCUGAUUUUGAUAUUCUCACAGAAGAGGGAAUGAUGGUCAUUAUACUGGCAAUCAAUUCAUCUCUAGGAAUCUGUGUAACUGCUGGCCCAACAGAUGGUACUUUUGUGAAAAAGGUAAUAAAAAGUUUGCUUGAUGUCUCUGUUUUGAAGUAUCUGGAUAUCUGUAUUCGUCGUUUUCUCUUGAGUAGGGGAGCUAAGGUGUUCAAUUGGGAUUGUACAGAAGAGGAUUACAUGCUCUUGAGUAACAUAUUAGCUUCUCAUUUCAGUAACAGAUGGUUAUCUAUAAAGAAAAAGCUCAAAGAUAGUUACAGCAAGAAUAUAUCUGACAGUAAACCACUUGAGAAGGGUAAGAGUUCCCUCGACACCAUAUAUGAGGACAUUGACACAUCAGGUAUUACCAGUCAAGAUUUGGUAGCAGAGUGGGCACACCAGAGACUACCGCUACCCAUUUGCUGGUUUCUCAGUCCAGUCUCAACCCUUUGUGAUAGCAAGACUGCAGGUCUUAAAAAAUCUUCCAAGUUACAAGAUCUCAUGCAGGACCCCGGUGAUUUUCUUGUAGUUGCUAGAGCUGGACUUUUCUUCCUUUUGGGUAUUGAAGCACUGUCCAGUUUCCUACCUGCUGGUAUACUCUCCCCCGUCAAGAGUGUACCGUUAGUAUGGAAAUUGCAUUCACUGUCUGUACUCUUACUUGUUGGGAUGGGCGUGCUUGAGGAGGAGAAGAGCCGGGUUAGUUAUGAAGCUUUGCAAAAUCUGUAUGGGAAUCUUCUUCAUCAAGCAAGGUCACAUGCCUUAUCUUCAGAAUCUGUAAAUGAACAUAACUUGGAAAUUUUGGCAUUUGAAUCAGAGAUUCAUGGGACAUACUCAACAUUUAUUGAGACUCUUGUGGAACAGUUUUCUGCUGUAUCCUAUGGUGAUCUGAUUUAUGGCCGCCAAGUUGCAGUUUAUCUUCACCGCUGUGUUGAAUCUCCUGUGCGACUUGCUGCCUGGAAUACACUAACUAAUUCUCGUGUUCUUGAGCUUCUGCCGCCAUUAGAGAAUUGCUUUACUGAUGCAGAGGGGUACCUCGAACCUGUUGAGGAUAAUUCUGAUAUUUUGUUGGCUUACGUGAAAUCUUGGAAUUCUGGUGCCCUGGAUAGGGCUGCAACUCGAGGAUCACUUGCGUAUACACUUGUUCUCCAUCACCUUUCAGCUUUCAUAUUUGAGUCGUACACGGGUGAUAAACUAUUGCUUCGGAAUAAGCUCUCAAGGUCUCUUUUGCAAGAUUUCUCCUCAAAGCAACAACAUGAGGUUAUGAUGUUGAAUCUUAUUCAAUAUAACAAACCAUCUGCAUCACAAACAAUCAAGCGAGAGGAUGAAGCAGCUGCAGGGACUGCCAUUGCGGAGAGGCUCAAGUUAUUAAGCGAAGCUUGUGAAGGAAGUUCUUCACUUUUAACCGCUGUCGAGAGGCUAAAGUCUUCCUUAAAGAUCAGUCAGUUUUGAGCAUGUGCCUGGACGUAUAUGGAGAGUGACUGAGAGACUUGGUUGGUGUCGUUUUGCAUAGAUGAACAAUAUUUCUAACUUGUGAACUGACUUCUGUAACUUCUGUACAUAAUGAAAGUUCCGC